CCUCGCCUUUAUUCGAUUCGAUUCGAUUCGUUUCUUCAUUUUCUGGGAAUUCAUGGCACUCGGUGGAUGAUUCCUGUAUGGUUCGAAUUCGCUAGAAUUUUUCAAGUUGGCGAUUCAUGCGGUGAGUUUGAUAUAAUCAAUGAGGUGGGGAUCGGUGUUUGAGUUCUGCGUAAUUUGCGUACUGUUGAGUGAAAUGAGCUGAAUUUGGUGCUCGUGGGUCCAAGAUUUUCGAUUUUCUUGAUUUCUUUUGGGAUGUGUUUCUGCUGAUUAGGGUUCUUGGGUAACAUCUCUUACCCCUGUUCUGAAUUCGAUCCGUUUCGCUUACUCAAAAGGUUUUUGGAUAAAGGGUCAACGAUGAAUGAGGCUAUAAACACGGUUUCAGCUGAAAAUGGGAGCGCCAAUGGGUUAUUGCCUGAUGAUAAUCAUGAAGAGGGUGUUGGAUCCGCACAACAAGAGAAUGCAAGUAUCGUGAGGGAUGGAUCUCCGGGUGGAUUAUCGCCUUCGAUAAGAAAAGGAUACGGGUUGAAGAAAUGGAGACGAAUCAAGAGAGAUAGCCUCGUGACGGAAGGGGUGGUUGCCAUUGAUAGCAGUAAAGUCCUGAAGCGUGGAUUAUCGGGUCCUGUUAAUCCUCCUAAACCUGCAGACUUAUCUUCGAUUGAAGCCAGACAGAGUAGUGAAGGCUCUGUCGGAUCCGUAAAUAUGAUGAAUCAUCUGGGUUCAGGAAAAGUGUUUAGUCCCGUUCCAGGUUCUGCGUUUAUCGUAGGCCAAGCGUUUUCUGAAAGUGUCGGGCUGGAGAAGAGCGAGGAUCGUAAUAGUAAGGUGGAAUGUGGUAGCAGUGUUGGAGGAAAGAUUAGUUCGGGUAGCUUAUCUCAAAGAGCUCAACAAGGCAAAAGCCAGAUUGAUACCAUUAAGAAGGCUAGAGCGGAGCAGGUAGAAGGCGAGAAGGAAAAUCCUUCUUGCAGCUUGGAUUCCGACUUGAGAAGCACUGAUUUUGUAUUUUCGAGUGGUGCGUUUUCUCAUGAUGACAAGGGGAAGCAUGGUGAGAAAUUGUUGAAUGAGUAUAGAAAUGAGGGUCAGCAAUUCAGCCGGGAAGAUCAAAAUGGUCACAGAAAAGAAAACGGAGAAAGAGAAGAAGAUAGCGUUUCGAAAGACUAUCUUUCCCGGUUAGAGAACGAUCUGCUUGCGGAUUCAAUCAGGAAUCUUGCAGCUGUGCAGGAAGCUCUUGAGAAAGAAGUUCAGAACUUUUCGGAAAUCGGGAGAGAUUCUAUACCGCUACAUCGCAGCAUAGAUGAGUCGGGUUUUUCAUCUGACCAACCGGGAAACGUAGAAAAUCCGAGAGAAAAUAGCUCGGAAUCACAGGUACCGAUCUUGAAGCAGCGAGUAACCCAUCUCGAAAGCAAACUGGGGGAAGCAAAGGCCAAGCUUGAGGCCAAGGAUGCCAAGAUCCGGGAAUUAGAGAACUCGAAGAUCGAAACUGAGCUCGAGGGCAUUCUCCAGAGAAAGAUGGAAGCUGAAAUCGAACAUCUGCUGCUCACGAGAUCUCUGGAAGAACCGAAGAAAACGCGUAAUCUGAGGGAAGAUCCGGGACACAAGUCGGGAAACAUCUCGGGGAGAGCAUUCAAGUCCGGCCUUUGUUUCUUGGCGCAGUUGAUUUUGCUUCUCUGCAUACUCAGGUUUUUCAUCUUGCAGCUAUUGCCCGACUCACAGAUCGUUAUACCAACUUAAAAAAGAGUUGCGUAGAUUCAUCUCUUUUGGUCAACCGAACAUUUUUUUCAGGUACGAUCGUUUGUUUGUUUAGCAUAUAAUCUUGUCGGAUUUUCUUUUAUGUUGAAGCUGUAAUAAGUAUUAACGAUUAGCUGCGGAGUUGUUUUUGUCUCGGGUGGUUUGGUUACUGGUGAAGUUUUUAGUCA